GAAGAGGUCGUCCGUGUCUCUCUUGUCUUGCGUGAGCUCGAACUUCGUUGUUUUUUUUUGUACGUUUACGGUCUAUAAGAAUAUUUUCUUCGCCGCGAUUUUUUGAAAAUCUCAAAUUCAUUGACAGAACAAUUUUUAUGUGAUGAGACUUAAGUGACUGAAUAGUGACUCCCGAAAGGAUAUUUUCAUAAUAAAGUUACGUACUAGGGUAGUAGAGAACUGGAUGGUGGAUGUUCCCGAUGUUGUUGAAUCCGCCCCGCGGAUACUGUUAUUACCAAAGUGAUAAUGUGCAGUGUGGUGUGGCGGCGGUGGUGUAGCAGGAGCAUGACCCAUGGAUAUUUUUUGUUGCUGUUUUUCCUGCUCAGUGUUUUGAAGACAACUUAUGGCGUCGGAAUCUUCGAACUCCAAGUUUUGGAAAUGUCAAAUCCACGCAGCGAACUAUCCACAGGACAGUGUUGCGGAGGAGGCCAACACAAUCCGAUCACGAAUCGCUGUUCCACGCCCUGCCAGACGUUCUUCCGGCUAUGUCUGAAGGAGUACCAGAGCAACGUUACCAGUACAGGAACGUGUUCCUUCGGGAACACGUCCAGCCAGGUGUUGGGACGCGAUAUUUUCACUAUUGCCGAUCCGGAACGGGGACGAAUGGUUUUACCGUUUACUUUUCGAUGGACGAGAUCUUUCACUCUCAUCCUUCAGGCUGUGGAUCAUAAUAACUUCUCAAUACCUGCUUCUAACGACAUUAUUGAAGAGGCAACCUACUCGGGAAUAAUUGACCCCAGUCCCGAGUGGCACACGUUGAACCAUAGGGGUCCUCAUGCGCACCUAACGUACAGGGUGCGAGUAAAAUGUGAUAUUCACUACUACAAUUCUACUUGUACAAAAUUCUGUAGGCCCAGAGACGACAAGUUCGGCCAUUUUAUCUGUGAUUCUAAUGGUGAUAAAGAGUGUAUAGAAGGUUGGAGAGGAAAUAAUAUUUGUGAUAUAGCUGUAUGUAAAGCUGGAUGUCAUCCGCUUCAUGGAAAAUGUGAUUUUCCCGGAGAAUGCAAUUGUCGACCAGGAUGGCGUGGAGACUUUUGCGACCUAUGCGAACCAUAUCCAGGAUGUAAACACGGGUACUGCAAUGGUUCUUCCUGGCAGUGUAUAUGCGACACCAACUGGGGUGGUAUUCUUUGUGAUCAAGAUUUAAACUAUUGCGGCACCCACGAACCGUGUCUCAACGGCGGUACCUGCGAGAACACUGCACCGGACAACUAUUUGUGUACUUGUCCCGAGGGUUUUUCGGGAGCUAACUGCGAAGUCGUCGACAACCCUUGCGCCACAGCACCUUGUCUUCAUGGCGGCUCUUGUAUGGAAACUGGAGGAUCUUUUAGCUGCGAAUGUUCUGCUGGUUGGACUGGACUUACUUGUAAUAUCGAUAUCGAUGAAUGUGCAUCUGCGCCGUGUCAGAAUGGGGGCACUUGUGUAGAUUUGGAGGACGCUUUUAGAUGCGACUGUCCAACGGCUUGGGAAGGUGAUCUUUGUCAGUUUGAUGCUGACGAGUGCCAGCUUCAAAGUCCUUGCAUCAACGCCAUGUCCUGUACCAACUUAGUUGGUGACUACCAUUGCAAAUGUAGAGUAGGGUGGAUGGGCAAAAAUUGCGACCAAAAUAUCAACGAUUGCGUGGGACAGUGCCAACACGGAGCUACUUGUAUCGAUUUGGUCAACGAUUACCAUUGCGCUUGUCAACCUGGUUUUACUGGAAGGGACUGCCAUACCGACAUCGACGAAUGCGCGUCGAAUCCUUGCAAAAAUGGCGGAGAAUGCGUAGACCAAGUCAACGGUUACAGAUGUAUAUGUCCGGUCGGGAUUACAGGCCACGAAUGUGAGAACGACUACGACCAUUGCAAUCCGGAUCCGUGCCAGAAUGGUGCUCCGUGUUUUAAAGCACAGAACGACUACUAUUGUCAUUGUCCUGAAGGUUGGCAAGGGAAGAAUUGCAGCAUAGCGAAAAUCGUUUGUGAGAAUCCUCCUUGUGAAAAUGGAUUCCACAGCUGCGUGGUUGUAUCUGUUGGAGGUAGUCGAAGUUCACCACCAAGCUUGUGUGGGGAACAUGGACACUGCGUUAACCAAGCUGGAAUCGGUUAUAAGUGCCAAUGUCAACCUGGAUAUACUGGAAAGUACUGCCAUGAGAACAUUAACGACUGCAAAAUCAACCCAUGCGAAAACGGUGGCACUUGUGUCGACAAAGUAAACUCAUUCCAAUGUAUAUGCAAUGAAGGCUGGGAAGGAGCUUUAUGCAGCAUAAACACGGACGACUGUUCGCCUACACCCUGCCGGAACAACGGAACCUGCAUCGAUGGCUUGGCCGAUUUCGAAUGCGGCUGCAAGAACGGCUGGAAAGGCAAAACUUGCACAUUGAGAGACAGCCACUGCGAUCAUACAACUUGUAAGAACGGUGGCACUUGUCAAGAUAUGGGAAAUAACUUUGUUUGUCGGUGUCCUCCAGGUUGGGAAGGUACCACUUGCCAUAUAUCCAAGCAGACUGCGUGUACUUCGAAUCCAUGCUUAAAUGGAGGAACCUGUGUCAACACUGGCGACUAUUACCAAUGCAUUUGUCGCGAUGGGUUCGAAGGCAACCACUGUCAAGAUGACGUCAACGACUGCAGUCCGCAACCGUGCUACAAUGGAGGUAAAUGUAUCGAUGGGGUCAACUGGUUCUUGUGCGAAUGCGCCAACGGCUUCACCGGACCAGAUUGUAGAAUAAAUGUCAACGAUUGUGCUUCGAAUCCUUGUGGAUAUGGAGCUACUUGCAUGGAUGGUAUUGGAGAUUAUCAAUGUAUUUGUCCGCCUGGGAGAAGAGGGAGAAAUUGCAAUAUGGAUGAUAUAGCCUAUCUACCAACUCCAGGAAGUUGCAUCUGGAACACUCACACCUUAGAAAACAACGUAACGUGGCAGCACGAGUGCAACACUUGCAAAUGCAACAGUGGAAUGGUAAAGUGCACCAAAAUAUGGUGCGGCCUUGGAAACUGCAGAACCACAAAUCAGCCUCACAGUACCAUGUGCAAUCUUAAUCAAGUUUGUGUGCCUUCGGGUGCUGAAACUUGUUUGUCGCCUCCAUGUCUGCCUUACGGAGAAUGUAGAGAGUUGGAAAGUGGUAGAAGAGUUAAACCUCCAUUACUACCCAGUCCAAGUUCUUGUUGGCCGAAUCAAGCUACAUUGAGCAAUAGUUGUGCCAGACUGACAUUGCUAUUGGAUAAAGCAAAGCUGCCUCAGGGUACUACUGUGGAAGGGCUUUGUGGUGACCUGAGAGGACUUUUAGCUAACCAACAAGCAAUAGAAGGACUUCAAGAUAAUCUAGUGCUUUUGUGUGAUUUGAAGACAGAUUAUAAUGACACUGUUGAAGUGACUUUGUAUGGCAACCAGUGGGUCCUAGAUGGAAUCCGCGUGGUAGGUGAAGCAGUUUCGAGAAAGCAAACUUCCCUGUUAGCCCUAGCUUCAAUUGUUGAAGUUAAAGUUGAAACUGCUUUGGUAUCUGGCGAACAGCAGAGCAAUAAGUUGCUGGUGGCAUUAGUUUGCUUUAUAAUAAUUGGACUGGCUACGGCAGUACUUGCUGGUGUGCUUUAUUUGAGACAAAGAAGAAGGAAUUUGGGUAUGAGCGGUAUGAAUUUGUCACCAUCGUCGGAGACUUGCCACAGGAACCAUGAAGAUGAAAAGUCGAAUAAUUUACAGAAUGAAGAAAAUCUAAGAAGAUACGCAAAUCCCUUAAAAGAAGACGUCGGCAGUAUGGCCAGCAUAAAUUCAGCAGGAGCCUGCGGUUUGGACAUGCCAAGGGUAAGCGUAGUACGUCCUCUAUCCUCCAUGUUGCCCACAGAAGGUUCUAGCGAAAUGCUAGAAAUGAUCUCCGAAGUGGAGUGUCCAGGCUCCCGCAAAACCUUGUUGGUUCUUCCAGGAACAAGUGCGUCAGAAAACUCUCUAAAAUUGAGCGAGAGCAUGACUUUGGACGGGCUGAGUCCUGCGCAUAGGAGUAGCCAAAUCAUGCUCUAUAAAGCUCAAAAUCCGGACGUGCGGAAAAAUACGGCGCCGUUCGACGAUUCGUCCGGUCACAAGGAUUUUACUAAAAAUAUUAUAAACGUGAAUAAGCAGAGGACAUUGCAACAGAACACUAAUAGUGCCAGUGCGGACGUGCUUACAGUUCUCGUUUAGAGGGCCAGUAAAAAAUUAGGUAAUUUUUUUUUUCUCGAAGACAUAAUGGUUGUAAUUCUAAUCCAAUGCAUUUUUGAGAGCAGUAUAAUGUAUAAUGGUCAAGAUCCCAUGUAUCCAGUGUGUCUGAUGAGUUAUGAAUUUUACAAUUUCCUACUUAUUGUAUUCGAAAGUAGUUUCAACAAGAAUCAGAAGUCAGAGAAAAUAAUUUUAAUCGCCAACUAUUUUCCGAAAAACUUAUCGGACUUCUAAUCCUUUGUUGGAUCAAAUAUGGAAACUUGCCCUAAAAUUAGGUAAUCCAAUUUUACUUUGGAUAUAAUAAUUAUUGAAUAGACAUUGAUGGGGUACAUGGGAUGUUUGCCUGAAGUUUGUGCAAUUUUUAGUUGUAAGAAAGAAUUUUUUAUGCUACUUAACUGUCAUAUAAAAGAAUGCAUUGGCAUGAUAACGUAUAAUAGAAACCCCAAAUUUUCAAGAUUUUGCUUUAGAUCUGAAACUACAAAGCAUCUUAUGCUCUGUAUUUGUAUAUAAAUUAUUAAGCAAAAUACUUGAAACUGUAUAAUAUUAUUUUGGAAAUGAAUAUGUAUAGGCAAGAAAAAUCUCAAAAUUUAUAUGCUGUUUUAUAAAUAAAUAAACUUUGUGGUUUAACUUAAAAACUGACCCUCUCCGGACCGUUAUGACGCAACGAAAAAACUAUACUUAUUUAUGAAGAGAAUGAUCUCGUGAUUAUGAUAUAACGAACACCCAGUGACUCGAAAAAAAAGUUUAUAGUGUGAUAUUAUUUAAUAUUUCAAAUUUUGUUUUUAUAUUAUUUGUUAAGAUUUUUUUUUAGAACCUUUUAUUUAAAUUAAUUAUUAAUUAGGUCUGUAACACAUAGGUAUAACUUGUAAAUAGGAUUUUUGUUUUUUUUUUGUAUUUAUUGUAUCAUUGUUCCUGAUUUUUAUACACUGAACUUUUUUAUUGUAUUUUUUAGUUUUACGUUUGUUUUAAACAUUUUGUGAAGCAGUCCCUGUAGCUUGAUAAUUUAUUUUUAUAGUUUGCACUUUUCCUUAGAAUUUUAAAUUUUUCUAAACAUGACAUAAUAAGUAUCCUUGUAAAUAGAUGUAAAUAGAUUACAGGGCGUUUUAUAUUUUAGACACCCUACAGUAUUCUGUAACACUGUUUAGUAUAUUCCUAAAUCGAACAUGUAAGUGUUUUUAAAAGUAAUCUCCUUUCUCCUUCAUUUUUUUUUCUAUUAGACAAUCAUUCCAUUUUUUUUAUAUGCAAUACAAUACUUUUGCACAUAACUUUUAGAAACACAUUAAAAUAUUGGUGAAAAAGAGUACUUAUGCCUAAAAUAAUAUGUUUUUAACAAUAGUGCCUUUUUGUGCCUAAAUACACUUUGUAAGACUUUUUUCAUUGUCAACGAACACAUUUUUUUAUUGGAGGUAUUAAAUAGAACUUAAGGAGCUUUAAGUAACUUGUAUAUUUUGUAAAAAAAAUAUUUUGCAUAAAAUGUUUUGAAGAGAUGCUUUGUAAUAAAAAAAAAAAGAAAUUAGAGCUUUUGUCAAUUAUAACAAUAAACGAUUAAUAAAAUAGUUGUGUUUUUUUCACUCCAAUAAGAAUUCCAUCCUAUUUCAAUAUAUAUGUACCUAAAGUCCGUCGAUUUUGAUCUGAUACUCCAAAGGAAUGUGAGCUGGUGGCUCCCUAAGUUAAAACGCCAAUGGUCACCUGACGUCACACCUAUUUUCGCCAUAUGCUUCAUCCCCUCGCUCCUCAUACGAAAAGAGUCAGAUUAAAAACAAUAGAUAAUAUGUACCUACAUGUUGGCCUUCUGCACUUUUUUCGAGAAAAAAAAAUCAUAUUAACAAGGAACACGGGUCUGAUCUUGAUCAGUAACAAACCGUACCGAUUUGAAAAAAAAAAAUGGACACAAUGUUGAUGGAGAAAGGGAGAAAG